AUGGUUUCAAGGCGGCUUCAAAGUGAAUCUGGGAGGCACGACUUUUUGACAAAUGUAUCGGAGAAGGUAAAGAGUGGAGAAGUAUCUCAAGAGGAGAUGACGGCACACGCGUCAACGUUGGGUUUCCAACUUCAUGAGCACAUUCAGGCUGACAACGGUCGAAGUAUUGCUGGAGGGGAGACGGUCGCGACAUUCCUAGCGGCAGUAACAUUCUUCCUCCUCAAAAACCCUGCGACGUACCUCAAACUCCAGCACGAGAUUCGCAGUAACUACAGCUCGCUGAACGAGAUCACUGCCAUGUCCGCCCAGCAGUUGCCAUACUUACAGGCGGUAAUUUCGGAGGGCCUCCGAAUGUACCCGCCUGGGUCGCAAGGAUUUCCUCGGACUUGUCCUGGCUCAACUAUCGACGGCCAUUGGGUUCCAAAAGGAGUGAGUUUCAUACAGUCAAAUCUUCUGCCAGCUUCGCUAACUUCAUACAAUCAAAAGACCGAAGUGUACACAAGUGCAUGGACAGUGACACACGACGAGCAUAAUUUCCACAGGCCAUAUGACUUCUUGCCGGAGAGGUGGAUUGGCACUAAUCGUGUAGACAACCUCGAAGCCAGCCAGCCGUUCUCACUAGGACCCCGCGGGUGUUUGGGGAAGAACUUUGCGUUUGUUGAGAUUAAUCUCAUUUUGGCAAAAAUGCAUUACGCAUACAAUUUGCACCUGAUUAAUGAAGAUCUGGACUGGCUGAAGCAAAGUCACAUGCAUGUGAUGUGGUGGAAGCCAUCCCUGAACAUAAGGUUCGAGCGGGUCACCAGAUAA